AUGCAGCCACCAUUUCCUUCGAUAACACCAACUUGGCACAAUGAUGUCUACCCUGCAAUUGAUCCUUCAAAUAGUGAGCUUAGCCAAGCGGGAAAGACUAUCGUCAUCACAGGAGCUGGAAGUGGGAUUGGAAGAGCAACAGCUGUCGCCUUUGCAAAAGCAGGAGCCAAGCGCAUCAUUCUCAUCGGUCGCACAGAGUCAAACUUGAUCGAAACACAACGCUUGUUCCCAUCCCAGACAUGUGCAAGCGAUGUCUUCGUUUGUUCAAUCACCGACGAAGCGGCGGUGAAGCAAGCCGCUUCUUCUAUCGGAUCAUGGGAUGUGCUGGUUAUGAACGCAGGACAUGCAUCCCUUGGAUAUAUUAUCACUUCCACCUUGGCUGAUUACUGGCAGAACUACGAGACGAAUGUCAAAUCAGUCGUGGUCCUCUCCCAGGCCUUCUUCCCAAAUGCAAAUCCCUCGGGAGCUGCUGUCUAUGCUCUUACCUCUGGCGCCUUGGCUUUGCCCACCAAGCUCACAGCAGGUGUUUCUGCAUAUCUGAGCUCCAAAGCAGCACAGGCUAAGAUAAUGGAAUAUUUGGCCUUGGAAAAUCCAAAUCUUUUCGUCUGCUCUAUACACCCCGGAAUGAUUGAGACGAAGCUCUUCCAAGCAAGCGGUGCGAAGGCAGAACAACUACCUAUGGAUACCGUUGAUCUCCCAGCCCACUUCCUUGUGUGGCUUUCACAGCCGAAGACGAAAUUCCUAAAUGGAAAGUUAGUUUGGUCUAAUUGGGAUGUGGAGGAGCUUUGUGGACAAUCAGAAAAGAUUGAAAAUAGUACGAUGUUGACCAUUGGAUAUGAGGGAUGGCCUUUUGCUGCAUGA